AUGUAUACAAAGCAUGGACUUGGAAGGGAGGAUUGGUUGAUUAUAACUUCAACGGUUAGAGAAUUGGACCUCUUCAUUUAUUUUAUGCUGGGUAUCCAUCUCUGGGACUUUGCUCCCCUAGCCGAUAAAUUUCUUGAACCUGCUCGCAAGCUUGCAUUCUCGAUGGAGAUUGUAUUUACCGUUAGCAUUAACUUGACCAAACUCUCGAUUUUAACUUUCUACCUACGACUAUUUCCUCUCGGCGUCGUAUCGGUUCACCUUCACCGUUUGAUAUAUGCAGGCAUGGCUAUCACGGUUCUUGCCAUGUUGGCCACCCUUGUUGCAGCAAUAUUUCAGUGCCACCCUAUCGAACACUUUUGGAUUUACAACAUGGAAGGCCAUUGUUACCCAACCUACCCGGCCCAUCUCGCUACGGCAAUCAUAAACAGUGUGACCGAUUUCUACUGUGUGAUUGUACCUCUAGGAGAGAUAUGCGGCUUAACCAGGGUUGAUAGGAGGGGCAAAUGGAUUGUGGUUUCAUGCUUCGCCUUAGGCGCAAUUGUAUGUUUCGCCGGAGUCAUCAGGAUUUAUUUCACAAAACUCGUGUUCCACGAUAGCCCAUAUGACUGGACUUGGGAUAGUAUUGGGCUAUACAUUGCUAGCGCAUUAGAAUGCACACUCGGAAUAGUCUGCGCAUCGGUCCCUGCGCUUCGACCAUUGUUUACCAAAACAAAUGUCAGAGCCGUUGGAGAUCUAGAGUCAGAUUUACAUAAAAAGCGACGAUCUGCCGCUCGCAGGAAACGCCGCACCGGAGCUGAAGCGCCAGCACCACUCGAGUUCGUCACGACAGCGUUUAAAGAAAGAGAUGCCGAUUCUGUGACCCCACUCACAUCGGGCAGCGAAAACUGGAAAGAUGUAAAACUUUCAGAUUCUCCCCAUUACUCAAAUGGUCGGCGAUCUACGAAAUGGCCCCACUGGGUAUGA